AUUUGAUGCAUGGCGCAUGCGCAUUGAGUUUUCUUCCUUCACGUGGGUAGUCACUCAGAACCCAGCGUGUCCAUUUCUUACGUACAGAAAUCAGGGUGCAAGUACAGGACUCACUAACUGCCCAACGACGACCAAGAUGGCUUUCCGUAGAUUUCUGCCCAUGUUUGACCGUGUGCUGGUGGAGAGGGUAGCAGCAGAGACUGUGACCAAGGGUGGCAUCAUGUUGCCAGAGAAGUCCAUGGCGAAAGUGUUACACGCCACAGUGGUGGCUGUGGGCCCUGGCUCUGUCAACCAGAAAGGGAAUGUUCUGCCCGUCUGUGUGAAAGUCGGUGAGAAAGUGCUUUUACCGGAAUAUGGAGGAACCAAGGUUGUUCUUGAGGACAAGGAUUACUUCCUGUUCCGGGACGCUGAUAUUCUCGGCAAAUACGUUGACUGAAGUCUGUCGUUACUCGUCCUUUCCAUCCUUAUCCUAUAAAAGAAGAUAAAUGGUUGUGCUUUCAUAUACUUGUUCUUUUUUUAUGUUUUCAAUUGUAAAUAAUUCUGAUCAUGUUUUGUUAAAUAAUAAAAUGACUUAGGUGAUCCUGAUGCUUUGCCUUUCUUUGGGUAAUUACCUGUGUGUACACAUCUGUCCAAUUAUUCUUCUCUGUGUUAAGACAUGAUACUAGAAGUCCUGUUGUGUCUUCACAACGCACUAGAAUGUUCUAUUGAAUGCAACAUUUUUGGAUGUUUUGUUACACAAUUGAAAGUAGUGAGAGCUAAUGUAUUACACUAUGAGCAUUAUGCAAUCAGUGUGUCUGGAUGCAGGUUAACCCAGAAAUAUUUUCCAAGGCAAGAAUAAAAGCUCUGACUAAUAUUGAAUAAAACCCUAAACCUUC